AUGCCUCGCGAAAAGCAAAAAAGAGGCCGCAGGGCCGAGCAAAAAGCCCAGAAAGAUGAAUCAAACCGCGCAUUCGAAGAUUCGAUUGAAGAACCCGUUGCAAAGCGCAUGAAACCCUCCGAGGAUGCCGACGCCGACCCCGACGCCGAGGUCAUCUACGACAUUACUGUCGACCAAGCUCCAGACUACAUCCCACUUGCGGACGAUGACCAGCAACAUGACCAAGAAGAAGGAGGUGGCCAUGGUGCCGACGGUGAUAUGCCUUUCUAUGGUCUUCUCGACGCCGACGAGGCAGAAUACUUUUCUCGCGCGAAUGAGAUGCUCGAAUCCAACCAAUUUGGCGACGCGGAGGAGAAGAAUUUGUUCAUUGAGAGUGUAUACCGGGAAGCUAAUGGAAAGGAAUUGAAGGUUGCUUGUAGUCAAGGCUGUUCAAGAUUAAUGGAAAAAUUGAUCUCCAUGUCGGACGCCCGCCAACUUCGACGGAUCUUCAGCAAGUUCCUUGGCAAUUUCCUCCAUCUUGUACAACAUCGAUUCGCAAGCCAUUGUUGUGAGACUUUAUUCAUCAAUGCGGCCCCGGCUGUUAUGCAAAAAACCCCGAAGGCGCAAGCGAAAAAGGAACAGGAGGAGCACAAUGGAGAGGAAGAACCGGAGCUGUCGCUCGCGGAAAUGUUCAUGAGUGUGAUCAACGAAUUAGAAGGAAACUGGGGUUUCUUAUUGACAGAGCGAUUUGCAUCACAUACUAUUCGAGUAUUGCUGUUGGUCCUUGCUGGAGAACCUGUGGAUGUUUCAUCCACCGACUCGGUAGUUGCCAGCCGCAAGAAGGAAAGAUUAGGCCUUUCAGCAGCCAACCCUGAAGAGGAUAAGACCGUUACUCAGAAACGAAGUGUUCCAGAAUCUUUCGAGCCUGCACUGAAGAAGAUCAUGGCUGAUAUGGUUUCUGGUCUUGACGAUACCUACUUGCGAGCUUUGGCUACUCACCCCGUUGGAAAUCCUCUUCUCCAGGUGAUGCUAUUCUUGGAACUCUCUCACUUUGGUAAAUCCAGUGCCAAAGAUCCAAAGUCGAUUCUGCGACGGCUUCUCCCCGAUGAGUCUUUCGAGGAAGGGACCGAAACUGCAACAUUUAUUCGCGGUCUCCUCUACGACCCCGUUGGCUCCCGUCUCGUGGAGACUAUGGUGCGCCACAUGCCUGGAAAGGUUUUCAAGAACCUUUAUAAAAACAACCUCCGCGAACGCAUUGGGUCUCUUUCUCGAAACCAAACAGCCGGCUACGUUGUUCUACGGACACUGGAACGACUUGGAAAGGAUGACUUGAAGGAUGCAAUGGACCUCAUUAUCCCCGAGGUACCAGGCUUAAUCGAGCGAUUCAGACUCAUCGUUCCACGUGUAUUGAUUGAGAGAUGUGUUAUUCGAAAUGUUGAUACAAAGCCUUUUGCCAAGGCAAUCAAGGAGGCCUUCAGCGAAGAUCCCGCAACCCGACUUCAGGAGAUGCUUCGGCUUGACGCAUAUGCCGAGGAGACUACACAAGAUAAUGAAGAUCAAGAAAUGGAAGACGCUGAUGGCGAGGAUCAACGUGAGAGGAGGGAUCGUAAGAAGCCGGUCUCGAUUACCCCCGCCGCGGAGAAACUACACGGCUCUUUGCUUGCGCAAUCUAUGCUUUCUGUUCCAGGACCACUGAGUGAACUUGUGUACAGCAGUCUAUUAGCUCAAUCCCCCGAGUCGAUUAUGCGGCUCGCCAAAGAAGCAACCUCUUCACGAGUCCUGCAACAGGCAUUGACAUCGAAGACCUCCACAACACAAUUCCGUCGUCAGUUCACUACUCGAUUCCAAGGCCAUAUAGUAGAGCUCUGUCAGGACAACAGUGGGUCCCAUGUGGUGGAUGCCCUCUGGGAAGCAACAAAGGACAUUUUCUUUGUUAAGGAAAGAAUGGCGCAGGAGCUUGUUUCAAAUGAAAUGUUACUUCGCGACUCGUUCAUUGGCCGAGCAGUGUGGAGAAAUUGGUCAAUGGACCUUUACAAGCGUCGCCGAGGUGAAUGGGUUGCUCGGGCAAAGGGCAUUGAACAACAACAACCCGUUGCAGGUAUUCAGGGACCACCAAGUGAAAGACCAAAGUCGAAGCUCGAAUUAGCAAGAGAGCGAUUCGCUGCGAAACAAAACGAAGAAGACGCUAGAAAAGCCGCCGCGGCCGAUUCUUGA